AUGACCCGCCAAAAAACUGCUCUUGUCACCGGUGCUUCAUCGGGAAUUGGCUAUGCCACAGCCCUCGAGUUUGCCAAAAGAGGCUACAAAACGUUUGCCUGCGCCCGCCGCUUGGGACCCAUGGAACCUUUGAAAGAACACGGGAUCACCAUUUUCCAGUGUGACGUUUCUCUGUUGGAAAGCGUGCGUGCUGCCCAGCAGUUUAUUGCCGAGCAGACGGAUGGAUACCUCGACUUCUUGUUCAACAACGCUGGCCAAUCGUGCACCUUCCCUGCUUUGGAUGUGACUGACGAGGCUUUCGAAACUUGUUUCCAGGUCAAUGUGUUUGGGCCUAUCCGGAUGACCAGAGAGUUUGCGCCGCUUUUGAUCAACGCCAAAGGUACUGUUGGCUUCACUGGGUCUGUUAGCGGCUUGGUGCCUUUCCCGUUUUCGUGUAUUUACUCCUCUACCAAGGCGGCCAUUCAUCAGUAUGCGGCGACAUUGAGGGUGGAAAUGAAACCGUUCGGCGUCAAGGUGAUCAACAUCGUCACGGGAGGCGUGAAAACCAACAUUGCCGACACUCGGGACUUGCCUGAAGGAUCAUUGUUUGCUGUUCCUGGCAUUGACGAGGCUAUGAUUGAAAGAAAGCAGAUGGCUGCUCGGAACAACCCAAUGCCGGCAGAAAAAUACGCCUCGAAAGUUGUCAGCGACUUUGAAAAUCUGCGUAUUGAGGGCUCUCUCAACUUCUACCGUGGCCACAUGGCUUCUCUUUUGGGCCACUUGAUGUCUUGGUGUCCGAGGUUCAUAGUCGAGCGGAUUCUUGUGCGGAAGUUUAGAUUGACCAAUGUCUUCGCCAAGGUUUCGGAAAAGUACUCCAAGCAGAAGAUUGAGUGA